AUGGCUGAGAAACAGUGGGUAGUUGGCCUAUUUGAAGAGGAAAAUAAAUUUUCAGUGAUACCCAGUAAUUGGAUUGUACAACUAGGCAACACUACAUUUUGUCAGUGGCCUAAAAAGCGUAUUACAGAUACAAUGAUAAUAAAUUCUGAAAAUCCAGCUAAAGAUUGGCAGCCGUUCCCUGUAAAAAUAAUUGAACAAUAUUCUACUUAUGAGCAAGCUUCGAAAAGAGAAAAAGAAAUAUUUUUACAAGCAUCUGAAUCAGAUCAAAGUGUAGGAAGAGGGAAACGCAAAAGAAAAAUGAAAUUUAAAAAAAAUUAUACUCAUAGUGAUGGCAGUGACACUGGUAAUCUUUAUUUUAAUUUUACAAAAUAUUAUUACGGUUAGGAACUUAAGUAGUAUGAUUUGUAUAGGUUGAUUCAUUUCCACUGGAAAAAAAAAACACUAGCAUUUAAUAUAAAGUUAAAUUUGUUAUUAGAAUUUGUCUUUAUUUAUUUUCCAUAAUACAAUUUCCAGUUUUCAAUAAUGUCAUGUUCUUAAAUUUUUAUUUCUGUACUAUUUGUAUCUACCUAACAACAAAUAUUUUUUAA